CUCUUCGUUCCUCGCGCAAAUCCCUCGGCGUUUUCUCGGCGUUCAUCAUCUUGCUGCGCUUUUCUAAUCGAAUCCUGCCGGCCGGCCGGUGUCACGCCGAUUAUUCCCUGCGUAGCUCUUGUUGUUUCCGAGCGUUUGUUUGGGGGACGGAGCGAGAGCCGCAUCACCAUCUGCUCGCUCCGGUUCAAAGCGCAACUACUACUACUAGCUAGACUACUGCCUUUCCCCCAAUCAUUCUCUCUCUCUCUCUCUAUGCUGUGUAUCAGUCCGGUUCCUCGUCUGAGCCAUUUCUUUCCUCUCCGGCAGCUUCUCGCAUGCGCGCGCGGGUGGGUUUGAUUUCUUGGUUUCUUGCGGGGAUCGUCAUCAGAUCUCUCACACAAGACGCCGGAGUCCAGGCAGAUAGAUACACACCGCGCCGCCUGCCGCCAUGUCGCCUCUCUGCUGUGACUCGGACUGGUCGUCGGUCACCUGAGAGCAAGCUAAACGACGACGGACGGACGGAGCUAGCUGCUGGCUGCUGCCAGUCACGCCUCCUGCUCAUCGACCAAGUGCGCCAAAUAAAGGAUCGGAGGCUGCUAGCUUGUUACUAAUAAGCUGCGGCGGCCGGUCCGCGUUUUUCUUUGCUUCCGAUCCGAUGGCGGCCGCCUCGUCCGCGCCCUUCUUUGGGCUCGGCGACACGCAGAUGCAGCCACAGCAGGGAUCCAGCUCCUCUCUGCAGCAAAACUCCACAGCUGCUCCUGGCGCCGCGGCGGUGCCGCCGCCAAAGAAGAAGAGGAACCAGCCAGGCAACCCAAAUCCUGACGCGGAGGUGAUCGCGCUGUCUCCGCGGACGCUGCUGGCGACGAACCGCUUCGUGUGCGAGGUGUGCAACAAGGGGUUCCAGCGGGAGCAGAACCUGCAGCUGCACCGGCGCGGCCACAACCUGCCGUGGAAGCUGAAGCAGAAGAACCCCAGGGAGGCCCGCCGCCGGGUGUACCUGUGCCCGGAGCCGACGUGCGUGCACCACGACCCGUCCCGGGCGCUGGGCGACCUCACGGGGAUCAAGAAGCACUACUGCCGCAAGCACGGCGAGAAGAAGUGGAAGUGCGACAAGUGCAGCAAGCGCUACGCCGUGCAGUCCGACUGGAAGGCGCACUCCAAGACCUGCGGCACCCGCGAGUACCGAUGCGACUGCGGCACCCUCUUCUCCAGGAGGGACAGCUUCAUCACCCACCGCGCCUUCUGCGACGCGCUGGCUCGUGAGAGCGCGCAGAUGCCGCCCCUGGGCGCCGGCCUCUACGUCGGUCCCGGCAGCAUGAGCCUGGGGCUCUCCCAGAUCCAUGGCUUUGCAGAUCAAGCCCAGUCCUCUUCAGCAGCAGCAGCCCCGCAGUUUGACCACAUCAUGCCAUCGUCUUCGGGCUCCAGCUCCAUGUUCCGUUCUCAGGCGUCGGCCUCCUCGCCAUCUUACUUCCUCGGCGGCAGCGCCCCUCCUGCCGCCGCCCAGGAUUUCUCCGAGGACGGCUCCCAAGGCAGCCAGGGCCCUCUGCUCCACGGCAAGGCGCACUUCCACGGCCUGAUGAUGCAGCUCCCCGAGCAGCAGCACCAGCCGGGCAGCAGCAACGCCGCCGUCGGCGCCAACGGUAGCAACAUCCUGAACCUUGGGUUCUUCUCAGCCGGCAACAGCGGUGGCACGUCCGGCAGCCUGCAGGACGCGCGCAUUGCCAUCCAAGACCAGUUCAACCUCAGCGGCAGCGGCAGUGGAAGCGCAGAGCACGGCAACAACGUGAUGGUGGCGUCCAUCGGAAGCCACCUCGGCAGAGGCUUCCCUUCCCUGUACAGCUCGUCUCCGUCGGCCGGGAUGGCCCAGAACUCGGCGACGGCGCUCCUGAUGAAGGCGGCCCAGAUGGGCUCGACGACGUCGAGCACCACCCACAACAACCACAACGGCCCUACUACGACUAGCACGCUGCUCCGUGCUACGGGCUUCAGCGGCGCCACCGGCAGCGGGCAGCUGGGGACUACUGGCGGCAGGGCCGCCGCGGGAGAAGAAGGGGCGGCGUCCCACGAGGCACACUUCCAUGAGCUCAUCAUGAACUCUCUGGCCGGCGGCGGCUUCUCCGGCACCGCAGGGUUCGGCGGCGGCGUGGACGACGGCAAGCUGAGCACCAGAGACUUCCUCGGCGUCGGCAGGGGCGCCGCGACGAUGGCGCCGCCCGGGCUCCACAUGGGCGCCCUGGACCCGGCCCAGCAGAUGAAAUGAGGUAUGACAGUACGAUCGAGUAUGAUGGGUCGGUCAGGGAAUGAUAUGAUGAAGAGCAGCAACGUACGAUAAGCACAUGACAAGAGAUGCGAGAAGGGAAGUCAAUAAUAAAACAGACGAUCAUGCACGUGAAUAAGGGUACUAGCUUUCGCGCGCAUGCAUGCAUGGGAAGGUAAGCUAGCUAGUGACGAGGGAUCAGAAGGAUGGAGUAGUAGUAAAAGAAACUGUUUUGUUUUAAGUUAAUUUCCGUGUUCAUAUGCAUAUGCUGGCUGCAUGCAACUUGUUGGUUUUUCGCCAUUUCCCGUACGAUUUCGUGGUGUUAAUUCAAGUGGUUUACUACUCUAUAUAUAUAUGAGUAUUUAAAUUUGGCUGGA